CUCGUCAGAAAAUAUUUAAAUGUCGGUAAAUAGGAAAACCUAAGAAAAUGAUUUUUUUUUCUUUUUGUAUUGUUUUUAAGUUUUUUUCACAGUGAAUCAAUUGACACAGAAAAGAAAAAUCGAUAAGUUAAUUUGAUGGAUUCGUAAAUUUCUUUCUACAAUUAAUGGAACUGUUUUGUAUUGUCGAUGUUUAGUGUAAAUUGUAAAAUAUUUUCGAAGUAAAUUUUUAUUACAUCUGAGUGCUAUUUGUUUUUGAUUGAAAGAAAUGCCAUUACAAGUGCAAGAAAUUAAAAAUACAAAAUAUAAAAAUCGAAUUUGAACAAAAGUUAUAAAAUAAUUUGAUAAACACAUGGGCUUCAAUAUUUAUAUGCAUGCGUAUGUGUAUAAAAUAGUACGAUUGUAGCAAAAUUACUGCAUAAAAGAAAUAAAAAAAAAACAAAAACUUCGAGCUAAUUAUUUCAUAUACUUAAGGAAGAGGAUAUUAAUUUUAUCAAAAUGAAUAUACCACCAUCAGCUGUAAGCACUCCAGCUAAACUGAGUGAAUCUCCUGGUUCGGUAAGCGGUUUCCUUAGGGAAACUCAAAUUGGUGGGUCUGGUAUUGGAGGUGGUGGUGGAGGAGGCAUUGGAAAUAAUCCAGGAUUAACGAUUAACACGCAAGGUCUUGGUGGAUCGUCUUCAGUUAGUACACCAAAUAUGGGUGCAUCUGCAACCGCUCAAGGUACAACUCCUCCUAAUAGUGCUGGUUAUCGUAUGCCAAGUGGAUUAACUAAUUGGUCUGAUAAUACAAAAUAUGAUGGAAAUUCAUCUGAAAAGUCACCAGAUGCAGCAAAAUUAAAUCGUAAGGAAUCAUAUAAGGCACAAAGAAAAAAUUAUAGGCGUGAGAAAAAGAGAGUUGCUUCAGAACUAUUAAAUUCAUUACAAGAUCCAGCUGUUAUUGUUCUCGCCGAUUGGUUGAAGGUACGAGGCACAUUAAAAUCCUGGACAAAAUUAUGGUGCGUUUUAAAGCCUGGUCUUUUGUUACUUUAUAAAAGUCCUAAAACUAAAAGUAGUCAUUGGGUUGGAACAGUAUUGAUAACUUCAUGUCAAGUUAUUGAACGUCCCAGUAAGAAGGAUGGUUUUUGUUUCAAAUUAUUUCAUCCAAUGGAACAAUCAAUUUGGGCUCCCAGAGGGCCUGACAAGGAGACAAUAGGAGCAGUCGUUCAACCCCUACCAACGGCUUACUUAAUAUUUAGAGCACCAAGCCAAGCCGCUGGUAAAUGUUGGAUGGAUGCGCUUGAGCUCUCUUUACGUUGCUCUGCAUUAUUGUUACGAUCUAAUAGUCAAUCUGGAAAUACACCAGAACCUCCAGUUGGUUCUGCGCAAUCAACUCAUGAAACUCAAUGGUCAGAAGCUGAUUAUGAAAAGCAUUUCAAUGAACACGGAAAGCCACAAUUUUUGGUAAAUUAUAUACCACCAACUCCACCGUCAGACAAAAAGACAAUAGAUUUUAUCAAACCAGAUUAUAGUAGUAGUUCGGCUGAAAGUCGAAGCCCGACACCAAUUUUUCAGCAAUUAUAUUGGACAAUGUCAAAUUUGGAACGUUCAAUGGCAAAUUCAACGGAAUUUAAAAGAAUAAAAGAUUUCCGUUAUUCUAGUCUAUUGCGAUCAAAAAGUAAAGAUGAUGUUUCGAUCAGCAGUAGAUCUAAUUGUGUUAGCGAAGAUGAAGAUGAAAAUAAAAAUUUAGGAUUUGAAAGUUAUUUUAAAGGAAAAUUAAAAAAAUCCCUUUCCGUAAUUGGAAAAUCUUCUCUUACUACAUUUGAAUCGAGUGAAAGUGAUGAUGACGAUAAUGAAAUAUUAAAUGAUAAUUUGGGUGUUAAAAUCGAUAAGGAUUUGGAUGCUGACAGUCAGAAUGAGGCGGCUGCUCCUUUAAAUUCCGGUGUGGAUUCUGAAUCAGAGUCUGAUAUAGGUGAUGGUCCCGAAAUAGAUGUUGAUAGCCAAGAUGAUCCGCCAGAGACAGCAUAUGUUCAUUUACCUGAAGAUGAAUUUGGUGGUGCUGGAGAACAAGUACAAGAAUUACAUGAAGAACAAAAAAGUUUAAUUUGGUUUUUAGUUAAACAAGUCCGUCCAGGAAUGGAUUUAAGUAAAGUGGUUUUACCAACAUUCAUUUUGGAACCAAGAUCCUUUUUAGAUAAACUAUCAGACUCAUAUUAUCAUGCUGAUAUCUUAUCCAGGGCCGUUUUGGAAGAUGAUCCGUUCACUCGAAUGAAAACUGUUGUACAGUGGUAUUUAUCAGGCUUUUAUAAAAAGCCAAAAGGUUUAAAAAAACCUUAUAAUCCAAUAUUAGGAGAAACGUUUCGAUGUUUCUGGGAGCAUCCAAACGGAAGCCGAACAUUUUAUAUUGCAGAACAAGUUUCUCAUCAUCCACCAGUUUCAGCGUUUUAUGUGACAAAUCGCCAGGAUGGUUUUAGUAUAAGUUGCAGUAUUUUGGCAAAGUCAAAAUUCUAUGGUAACAGCACUUCUGCCAUACUGGAAGGUUUGGCUACAUUAACAUUACUCCCACGUGGUGAAAGCUAUACUUUAACAGUACCUUAUGCCCAUUGCAAAGGUAUAUUAAUGGGCACUUUAUCGAUGGAAUUAGGUGGAAAGAUUAAUAUUGAUUGUGAGAAUACUGGUUAUAAAACGGAAAUCGAAUUUAAAUUGAAACCAUUAAUUGGUGGAUCGGAAUACACAAAUUAUAUUUCUGGUAAAAUAAAAUUGGGUAAAGAAACCAUGGCAACAAUUAAUGGGCAUUGGGAUUCUGAAAUGCGAAUUAAAGAUUGUAAAACUAAUGAAGAAAAUUUGUUAUUUGCAUCUACUAAAGAAAUAAGACAACAGAGGUUAAAACGCUACGUUGUACCUAUAGAAUCACAGGGUCCAACUGAAUCUGAAAGAUUAUGGCAACACGUUACGGCUGCUAUAUCAAGGGAUGAUCAAGUUGGUGCAACCGAAGAAAAAACGGUUCUCGAAGAGGCACAAAGAAAUUCUGCUAAAGAAAGAAAAGCCAUGUUGACAGAAUGGAUAGCUAGUCAUUUUCAACAAGAUUUAUUAACAGGAAAGUGGAUAUAUAAGUACGCUGAUUUAAGGCCAUGGGAUCCUAGGAAUGAUUUAAGGCAGUAUGAAUCUGAUUAUAGAAUAAUAACGAAAACAAGACAUCAAGCUCCAAUGGUUAGAACAGCUAGUAUAGUAAGUUCAGAUCCUCUUCACGUUAUUCGCGCUGAAUCUAGAUCUUCAUUAACUUGCACUGCUUUAAAGGUUAAAAGAAGUGGAGGCGUUUUAAAAUUGCAAAAAGAAGGAACGGUUCAUUCAGAUUCUAGCCAGUCUAACGAUGAUAAUAUACGCCAUUUGGAUAAACUAUCUUUGCCUAGUAAAAAUUUUUCAAAGAUAUUGGAUUCAAUUGAAAACAUCAAUAGAACAUUAGAAAAACAUAAUAAACAAUUGGAAUCAAUUGAGUCGAUCUUAAAUCGAAUGAAAUAUCAACAAGCAUAUAACAAUUCUCCACAAUAUUCCUUCAAUUUUACAUUUCCGAUGUUUAUUCGAUCAAUUGGAUUUAUAUUUAUUGGGUUUUUCAUUCAUAUAUUUAUAAAAUUAAUAUAUAGAAAUUAAGAAAUGGAUAUGAAAUGAAAAAAAUUGUAUUGAGAAAACAAAAAUUUAUUUAGAAUUUGUACAAAAAUUUUUGCAUAACGUAACUAUUAUCGAUUUCCUUUUCGAAAAUUUUAGGUUUGUUUUAAGUAUUGUUAGAAUUUAAAUGUCUAUAACAUAAAGAAUAAUAUGUUUGAAGUUUACUGUGAGGGAAAAGCUAUGUAUAGAUAUGUGGUGAAAUUUUCCAUUUAAAUAACUAUUAUUAAUUUAUUUUAUUUUUGUUUUAAGAUUGUGUACUUUUAUUUUUAUUUUAAUUUUUAAAAAUUUUAACAAAAUAUUGGAACGAAGAAUUUCUAUAAAUAAAAAUUUAAAGGCUUUUAUGACAAA